CUUCCCUUGCUGAAAACGGUACUGCCAGUAAAUAAUAUUUGCCGAUAAAAAUAUUCAAGUGUUUGAAAGGGAUUGAAGUCCUAGAUUUUAUAAAUGUACAUGUAGGAAGAUUUAACUGACUGUUAAUGUGGUAGUGAUGUUGAUGAUCAUGUAAUACAUCUUAUACUCUUUAGCACUUACCAUAUAUAUAAAUUGGUGUGUGAACUAGUAGAAUGGAGGAGACAAGUGACACAGAAACUGAUACAAGCAGUAUUAAAACGGAAACUAGCGAUACAAAAAAUGAUGCUAGUGAUAUUAAAACAGAGGUUAGUGAUUUUAAAACAGAGGUUAGUGAUACAAAAAUUGAGGCUAAAGAUAUAAGAACAGAAUCAUGUGACCAAGGUGAUGUCAACAAAGCUGUGGAUGAUGACAUAGAACAAUUAACAUCUGAACACAAUGAUGGAGAAUAUGAUGAGAUAAAUGAAAAUAACACAGAUACAGAUAUAGAUGAACUGAAUUCUUAUAGUCAACUUGGACAAGACUUACCACAAAACGUAAUUGAAGGACAGAAACCAAAGUUAAGUGAAAGUUCUAGUGAUGGAAUGAUAUCAAACAGUCCAUCGGUAGAAAUGAGAUCCCGCCUGACUUCAGCUGAAGAUACUGAUUCUACUAUCAAGCCAGGUAAUCAAAAGGAUUCUGAUAGUUCCGAUAGCAAGAGCAUAGAAACCCUGGACUAUACAAGUAGUGAAGAUAAAAGUAUAGAAACAAUAGAUAGUGAAGACGACAGACAGAUAGGAGGUAAUUCAGAUGUUCAAAAUCGUCCUGAAAGUUUGAUACUUAACAAAACAGUGAAUCAUGAAAAGAGAAGGAGUCGAAGUGAUGACCAUAAGAAGAUUGACACCACCAGGACUAUGAGUAGCAGCACUGCAGUUGAUAUUCCAUUAAGAAGAGACUCUGAGUUUGAGAAUAUUGAAGAAACCAUGUUGUCAAAAAGUAUGCCUCAUGGUACAGUGACGAGGAAGGGUGAUAUGAUAGAGUUUGUUGCUGAUGACUUGCAGGAAAUGAUCAAGAGAAGUAGUCCUCUGACUCAGACAGCUUCAAGUGAAACAAGUAGCAGACGGUCCAGUCUAAGAAGUUAUUCUAGUGUAUCCAGUUCCACAUCUUCUGCCAUAGGUACAGCAUCAGGGGUGUCUCGAUCACCAAGUAGUCUGUUCCAACAAAGUCCUGAUGACAUUCCACCAAUUGACCCUCAAGCAGUUCAUGACCUUGAAAUGCAUGCACUUAAAGUGGCAGACAACCUUGACCUUUUAAUGGGAAAUUUAAAAACAAACUUGCACAAGAUGUCAGCUAUAACAGUGGGAUGUUUGAGUGCAUAUAAAACAUCAGUAGAUACAACCUGUGAUUCAGUCGAUGGAAGUAUUAAGUCCAUGUAUGCUUUAAUGGCAAAAUGUGAAGAAUUAAGUAACAGCAUGAAACCAGUGAACAAACUAGCAGAACAAAUUAAAGAAAUAAAAAGACUACUAGACAGAUUUGAAACACAGAUUGCAGACAAACCAUGAACGAAGAGUUACUUGUGUAUAUUUUCAUUAAUAUUUGUCAUAUUGUUGCCAGAUAAUAAUUUCAUAGUGCCAAUCUGCCUCUGCUACAAUUAACCUUUUUCUAUACUACCAAGGUUCACAUAUUUUUCAUUGUAUCUGUGGAAAUUGACCUCAUUAAAUUUAUUUUUCAUUUUCUCUUAUUUGAUAGCAAAAAGGCACAAAUUGAGUAAGCCUUUCAUCUCAGUUGGGUAGCAAAAUUUUUUAAUAUAUGUGGAAAGAUUAACAGAAAUCAUAGUUGUUAUGUUGUGUACGUCUCAAAAUAUUAAGCUGAGUUUGGGUUUUUAAAGUGAUGUCCCAAAUCAAGUUUGAUUUUUUGUAUGGAUGAAUCAGUCCACUCUUGGUCAAAUCUUAUUGACUAACAGAUUGGUGUUUUGUGUCCUUGUGGCACAUCUGUAGCUAUGUUUGAUCUGAGUUUAUUAAAAAUUUUAAAUAGAAAUAAUAGGAAAGAAAAAAAGAUUGAAAAAUAGAAAGACUCUAUUGACUUAAAAUCAUACUUCUGUUCAACAAUAAAAUAAUAUCUUCAAGGGUUAGUGCAAUAGAUCACAAAAUUAUUACUGUUAAUGUGUCGUAAUAUGAAUCUGUUAAUUGUUAAUUAAUUAUAAAGUGUUGUAGUACAAAUGUAUGUAUCUGUUGAUUGUUAAUAAAUUAUAUGACAUUCCAAA